GAGGAAUUCGCAAAUCCAAUCCGCGCUGUCUGGAUACGUCUUACACCUCGGAAAGUUAACUUGGCUAUGUCUGAAUCUGCUCUGUAGGUUUAUCUGUUUUAGUCAGAUACAUCAUAUAUGGAGCUGAAGUUAAAAGAAAAUUAACUAAAAUGUACUGGGAAGAAUAUAAAAGAGCUUAUCCAUUUGUCUGACAUGUGUAAAAUCGUUUUAAAAACGUAUUGCGAGGCAAGGUGCGCGUCCUGUAGGCCUAUCUCUACUCUCCGCCUCUUUAAGUCUGCCCUGUAUCUGACUCCUUUUGGUUCUUUGCAGUUUGCACAGCAGUCUGCACUCUGCCCCUCAUUUUAUUUGGCGAUUCUCACCACCACCGCUCGCCAGUCGCUGCGUAAAAGCCGCCGCGUUGCGCUUGGAAAUGUAGUUGUUUUGCGCACAACGAGUGCUCCAAAAUGGACUUAAAAUCCGAACUCCUCAAGUCCAUCUGGUACGCUUUCACGUCGCUGGACGCCGAGAAGUGCGGGAAGGUGUCCAAAUCGCAGUUGAAGGUGCUUUCACACAACCUGUACACAGUGCUGAACAUCCCACAUGACCCUGUGGCUCUGGAAGAGCACUUCCAGGAUGAUGAUGAUGGGCCAGUGUCGAAUCAUGGCUACAUGCCCUACCUCAACAAAUAUAUACUGGAUAAGGUGAAAGAGGGAAUGUUUGACAAGGAGAAAUUCGAUGAGCUGUGCUGGAUGAUGACCAGCAAGAAGAACUUCAGCGGGACAUCAGAGGGGGUGCUGCUAUGUGAAAGAGACCGUUUCAAGCUCUUCUGUUUAUUCAACCUCCUGUCUGAGGACCGCUACCCGCUGGUGAUGAUACCAGAGGAGGUGGAGUAUCUCCUCAAGAAAAUUUCCACAGUCAUGAGCCAGGAGUGGGAUGGGAAGCUCUUGGACAACUUAAUAUCCCAGGAUGCCACAGUGCGUGAAGUGGGCAUUUCUGUGUGGAACUUCCUGAAUCACAUGGAUGCAGGGCAGUUGCUGAGGGUUCACAGUGCCGAGGCCUUCAGUCUCGCUUUGGAUGAGGUCUUUCUGGAGAUGUAUCACAAUGUCAUAAAGAGGGGUUACAUGUGGAAAAAGGGGCAUGUGCGUCGGAACUGGACUGAGCGCUGGUUUGUGCUGAAGCCCUCCUCCAUGGCUUACUACGUCCACGAGAACUUAAAAGACAAGAAAGGGGAGAUCAUGCUGGAUAAGAGCUGCGUCAUCGAGAGUAUUCCAGACAGAGAGGGGAAGCGCUGCAUGUUCUGUGUGAAAACCCGCAGUAAAACCUACGAGAUGAGUGCAUCUGACCAGAGACAGAAGGUGGAGUGGACUCAAGCUGUUCAGACAGCAAUCCGCCUCCUGAGGGAGGGCAAGACCUCCCUUCACCACGAACUCAAACUGAAGAGACGGGCCGAUCGGGAAAGCAGUCAGCGGGAGCGCAGCCAGAGCUCUCGGAGUAGCUGGAGCAGCCAGAGCAGCCAAUCAGAUGAGUCCAACAUCCAAGAGAUGGAGAAAGAGAAAGACAGACAGGACUUAGAGAUAGAAACCAUCAUACAGCAUGCACGUGAAUUAGAAACCAGGCGAAGGGAGGCAGAGGAAAGAGAACGGAGGAAACAGAGGGAGGUGCAGAUGGACCUGGAGAGACAGCUGAAAGAGGCCGAGACGUUGAGGGACAGCAUGCAGGCGGAGAUGGAGGAGAAGGAAAAGGAGGCUGAGCAACAGAAGAAGAGGAUCCACGAGUUGGAGCUGAUACAGCAGAAAAUGGAGGCUGCCCUCAACAUGGAGAUCCAGGCUCGACUGGAGGAGGAGAGGGCCAGACAGGAGCUGGAGAGGUUGCUGCAGGUGGAAGAAGAGAAGAAGAAGCAGUUUCAGCUUCUCCAGGAGCAGGAGAGGGCCUUGCAGAGCCUCAACCAAGUACUGGUGGCCUCAGAUGACCCUUCAUGCACAGACACCCCUUCAGCUCUUCACUCAGCCUCUCAGGAGCUCCAGGAUCUGCAGGCUUCUCGCCAGAGGAGCCAUCAGCACCUGGAGGAGGUACAAGAGAAGCUGAGGAAUGCCAGUCAACACGUACGGCACUGGAAUGUCCAGCUGAACCGUCUGAUGGCGCCCAUCACUCCUGGAGAACGUUUGGAAUAUCGUCGAUCAUCGCAACCGUUGUGUCCCAAAAAGGAAGGAGCGCUGGCCAGUAGCGAGUUCAUCUCUAAAUUCAAAAUACGAGCUGGACAGGACAGCCAGAUAUCAGAUGGACACAAGAGACUGGAGGAGAGGAUGGAGGCCGCCAACCUGACGGACGAAUCGGACGAGUCGCAGGAAAAACCCAAUGGACAAGUGUGAUGUUGACAGUCAGGGUGGGGGGGUGGGGGGGUCAAGUAUUCAAGUCUACAAGUUCAGAAAUGAUAAAAGAAAUUUUUUGUUUGUUUAAGAUGAAAUUUACGUAUUAUUUAUACGUUGAAAUGCACAGGAAGGUGGAGAGCAUUUGACUAAGAUCAACAGAAAUUUGCAGUUUUGUACAAUAAAGUUUACUGGUGGAUAAUAAAA